ACUGAUAUAUUUCGAAAAUACCUAAUACCUAAUACACAUCACAAUAAAAUAGCAUGAAGAAAUCUGAUCGACAUCGUCUCAGCGAUGAACAGCUUUUAAAGGCUGUGCAGAAGAAAAAGGAAUGCAAUGCGAAGGCUCAGGCGGUAGUAGAAUCCUUUUUGGAAAAAAAUAUUGAAAAAGACUAUUUCCUAACGCAGUUGAAUAAUAUAAAUCAAUGUCACUACGACGACGUAGUUGAUGAGCGGAAUAUUCUUAUGCUAUGUGGCUAUCCCUUAUGUAGAAAAGAGUUGGAAAAUGUGCCAACAAAAAAAUAUCAAAUAUCAACAACUAAAAAUAAGGUAUACGAUAUAACAGAUCGUAAAAAGUUUUGCAGCUCUACUUGUUUUAAAGCGUCCGAGUUCAUAAAAUCACAAAUAUUAGUAAGUCCCCUUUGGUUGAGGCAGUGCGAAAUAAUCCCCGAAUUUAAAUUAUUGGAUGAAAAAGGCGACUAACCUGGACGCGCAAAUAAAAAUAUCUACUUUCAUGUCGAAAUAAUACAGUACAUAAAUAUUUUUUAGUGUGAAA